CCGGGCAACAGUUAGCUAGUUACAUAUCUCACUGUCGCUUCUUACAACUUCCCAAAUAUGGACUCACGAAAAACAGGCAUUUUAUGAUCGAUGAAGACAAUUGUGAUGCGGAGUCUGAUCUGAGUGUGCCAAUGGCACUGCAGCAUAAAGAUGCUGAUACUCAAUGGGAGGUUCCAGCACUGACUGAUCACAGCUAUGUGUCAAGAGAACCAGUCAACAAGCCCAUCUGCCACAAACAAACCCAAUGUGGUGGUGCAGAGUCAUUGACCCACACCAUCCUGAAGAAUGACACUAGCUCUGUGUUGUAUACUGGCCUACCUCUAAGUGUUUUCUUUAACCAUGUAGCAUUUCUGCAUAAAUUCUACACGGCUAACUUCAAAAUGCAUAUCACUGAUCAAAUACUGAUAACCUUGAUGAAGCUGAAUCUACUCCACAGUGAUCUUGCUGAACACUUUGCUGUGUCCCAGGGAGUAGUGAGCAGAAUCCUUUCCUACAGGAUUGACACAAUGGAGGAGCUCAUGAGGAUCUACAUUCCAUGGCAGCCGAGAGGCAGAUGCAGUGACAAGUUCAUCACCCAAAACUCUCGCUUCCUGGAAUACCUUAGGCCUCGCGAUGAAGUUAUGGCUGACGGGCUUCACCAUCCGAGAUCUGCUGUAUGAGAGGAAGGUACCUUGCCAUACCAGCCUUCACCCAGAAAGGAGGCCAGCUGUCUGACGAGGAUGUCGCAAGCACAAGAAGGAUAGUUAAUGUGCAUAUACAUGUUUAGAGAGUUAUCAGACUCAAGGUGUUCAAAUCCUCUUCCAGACUGUUCCCAUCAACCUGACACACAAAAUGGACAAAGUCCUUAGAAUCUGUGCAGCCCUUGUUAACAUGCAGGGUGAGAUCAUCCAUGAGGAUGCAGAAUGAGCAGUGAGAAUGUUCAUGCAUUUGAAAUGUAAUUUUAAACACUAUCAUUUUAUCCACCUGAGAUACUAUGUAUGUGUAUAUAUAUAUAUAUAUAUAUAUAUAUAUAUAUAUAUAUAUUAGUUUAAUCGGAAUUAUUUGCUCCUAUAUUUGAAAUCUACUGUAAUUUUGCCGGUUCCUGAUAAUUACAGGCAUCCACUAGGUGCUGCUAUUAUGCCUUUUUAAAUCUACUUCAAAUACAUUUUCUUCAACACAAAUGUCACUAACACGAGGGAAGACCACGAGGGAAGACAAAUGUUUGUCAAGUGACACAAUUUUUCUUAAUUUGUGCCCUUGAAAACCAAACCCAGAAUCAAACUGAAAACACCUUUGAAUACUUUAGACAUGCCUCCUCAUCCUUCUUUUCAAAAUGGUAAGUAUCAAAGAAAAGGUCAAAGUGGAGUUUCAUAAUGUUUUUAUUAACUCCGUAAUUUGCUAAGUGCAAGAUGAGUUCACGAAGUGCCAUAUGAAAAAAAGAGCUAUACAAGGUACGAUUAAAAUAUUCAUCAAUCA